CAACUCCGAAUUUGUGUGUGUGAGUAAGCGAGCGUGUGUUUGUGCACGCCGAGUCUAAAGCUGCGUCCUUCCAGCAGCAAUGAGUGUUUGGCAGCAGGAGAGCCGGUGGGUAUACGACGUUCCCAGUGUGACCGGCUGGGAGGAGUGGCGGCCGUGGAUAGAAGGGCAUAACUGGCAGGGUGCGGUCACAGCUUGCGACUGGUCUUGUGGAUUACUUCAAUUCCCAAUUCAGCCAGAGACAGGGACUCAUUCAAAGGCGACCGCGGAAGCACGAACUGCCACGAGGAUACCCCUUUGACAGCUCACUGUCAACCUCACGCCACCGGCUCUCCAGAGAGAACACACACACGUGCGGCUGCUCGGGCUUAUCGUUAAAUAAAUGGACUUUCCUGCUCGCGCUCAUUUACGUGUUUUACUCCAGAGACUGAAGUUUCGAGGCGUUUGGCCACCGGACACUCGGUGUCACAGAAUCUCCGCUCGGGCGACUUCAUUCCCAGUUACAUGACUGCCUUCACGUUGACAUUUGCGAGCGAACGUUUUUACGCACCGAUAAUGACGCGGAUCAAGGUGAUACAAAAUUAAAGGUUUUAUCCUCCACCCCCCACCAUCUACCCCGUGGGGGGAAUAAGGAGGGGGACGAGGGGUAUUUUCAAACUCCACGGCGACCUGUGCCACCUUACCACUCCCUACCGGAGUGCUCGGCGCUGAGGGUGGAAUGCGGCUCCAAGUGCUUUUGGGGGUGUUCAGCGUCUGCGCCCUGGCUUUCUCACCUGUAGCGGAGGGCUGUGGACCAGGGAAGGGAUAUGGAAGGAGGCGUCCGCCGCCGAAACUCACACCCCUCGCCCUGAAGCAGUUUAGUCCGAACGUGGCCGAGAAGACGCUGGGAGCCAGCGGCAGAUACGAAGGGAAAAUAACCCGGAAUUCUGAGCGAUUUAAAGAACUCACACCUAACUACAAUCCUGACAUUAUCUUUAAAGAUGAGGAGAACACGGGGGCGGAUCGGUUGAUGACACAGCGCUGCAAGGACAAGCUGAACGCGCUGGCCAUCUCGGUCAUGAACAUGUGGCCGGGGGUGAACCUGCGGGUGACGGAGGGCUGGGAUGAGGACGGCCACCACUCCGACGACUCGCUGCACUACGAGGGCCGUGCCGUGGACAUCACCACGUCCGACCGCGACCGCAACAAGUACGCCAUGCUGGCUCGCCUGGCCGUGGAGGCUGGCUUCGACUGGGUCUACUACGAGUCCAAGGGACACGUCCACUGCAGCGUCAAGUCUGAACACUCGGUGGCAGCAAAGACCGGCGGUUGUUUCCCCGGUAACUCCCUGGUGACGGUGGAGGGCGGUGUAAAGAAGCUGAUGCGCGACCUUCGACCCGGGGAGCGCAUCCUAGCCUCGUCUGGCAGCGACGGCGGCGGCGAGCUGCUCUACAGCGAAGUCGUGACCUUUCUGGACCGGCAGCCGCGCGCCCGCAAGACCUUCUACACGCUGGGCACGGCACAGGGCGCCAACCUCACCCUCACGGCCGCCCACCUGGUGUUCGUCACGGACGCUGCCCGCUGCUCACGCAGCACGCUCACCGAGGCCUUUGCCAGCGACGUGCGGCCCGGACAGUGCGUCCUCACCGCCUCAAGCCGAGGGGAGGAGGAGGAGGAGGAGGAGAUGGCCCAUAGGGGACGCCUGGCGCAGGUCACGUGGGUCGAGGUGCGCGAGGAGACGGGCGCGUUCGCCCCCCUCACGCGCCACGGGACGCUGGUGGUGGACGACGUGAUGGCGUCCUGCUACGCCGCCGUGGACCAGCAGUGGCUGGCGCACUGGGCACUGGCCCCGCUGCGGGCGCUGCACAGACUGGCAGGGCCGAGCGUGGGCACGGGGACGGGCACACACUGGUACGCCUGGCUCCUACACCGGCUCGGCUCAGCCCUGCUGGACUCAUCUCACUUUCACCCCUGGGGGAUGGCCGCCGACGGAUGAGAGAACGGAAGAGGAGAGAGAGAGAGGGAGAGCGAGAGAGAGAGAGACGGAGAGACAAAGUCAGGGCAAAUGGAAGAGGGGAAAGAAAAACACUGAAAGACUCAAUGAAGAGGCUCAGUGAUGAAAUGGCACAGAGAUGGACUAGUAAACGAGAGGAAGAGUGUGAAUGGUGAAAAUAUGGACAGAGUGAUGGAUUUAAGAAACAAGUGAAAGGAGAGAAAAAGAAAGAAUGAAGGGACAAAAAAAGAUAGAAAGGUGAUGUAGUUGUGUGUCAAACACAAUGACCGGACAAAAAGGGACAAGUUGUGGAUAUGGUGAAAAAGAGGGCAGCCACAUAUGUGCUGGACUAUGGGGCCCAAGCAGACACCUGACUCAGGAAACUCCCCUGACACACAUCUGGAUUGAGUCUGUUGGAUCAUAGCCAGACCUGCACCAGCCCCUCUCCACUCUCUCUCACACACACACAAGCGUGCACACAUAAAUACAGAAGACACACACACACACACACACACACACACACACACACACACACACACACACACAGAGAGAGACAGAUGAACACAGGGAAGAGGCUCACUGGAGGUUUUUGAUGCCAUUGAUGAUUUCUAACAGCAGUCUGUUAUUUUUUUUAGAAGGGUCUACCAAUAACACUACAUAAUGUGUUUGAAUACUGCUGUUGUUUGUGUUUGUUUGUUGUUGUUGGUUUGUUUAUUUGUUUUCUAGAAAGGUGUACAAAAAAGCAGCUGACUCUGGUAAUAUAUUAUUUAAACUCAGCUGCUGCUCAGUGGGUGUCGGAUUAUGAAGCCCAUAGAGUUAGAGAUUAAGGCUUCCAUUCUAUAGUCUACACUGGAAGGAAAGUGCUUACACACACACGCACACACACACACACACACACUCACAAACACACACACACACACACACACACACACACACACACACACACACAGCUUUUUGUAAACUGAUUUGCAUGCACAAACACAUGAUGAAAAAUAGUGAAGGAAAUACUCAUUCAUAGUGCAUCACUCUAUGUUACUCAGCCCAGAGGGUAUAAGUAAUGUAUGCAGUUAACCUGCGAUAUUUAGCCUUAUGCUAAAUAGUCUUACGCAGCAGUGAAAGCCAUGUCUCUGAGAAUCACAACUGAGGUUCUCCCAGUGGAAGGACUGGAAGAUGCUAUGUGCUAUGAUGCUAACCUGCUAGGAGUCAUUUAAUAUUAAAGGGGCCACAUGGAAUCUCUUGUAACUUUUAGCUGUGAGCAUUCUGGAAUGGAUUGAAUGGAGAACAGAGAGGCUUCCAGAUCUUUCUUUUUCUUCCAGGGAAAAACAAGAAAAUCUGAUCUGGUAAGGGAUCUUACUCCAUUCUACUGACAGCUGCUAUCACGGAAGGAUUGGGUUAGGGCCCGGGGUUUCUGUGUGAGUGUGAGUAAGAUGUUCUUACAGUUCUACAUUCUAUUUAUGCAUUUAUAUAUUUCUCAUGUUCUCCAUAGUCUGUCAUUGAAGGGGUCAGAACUCAUUCGAAAAAGUGUACAUAGUUUUUUUUCCCUUUUUUGUUCUUCUGUUGUCAUAUAUUUAAUGGUUGUGGUGUGUUUGGCUGGUCUGUCGUAAAGCGCACACAUCUGUGUUCAAAGUUCUAGAUACGCAGAACACAACACCUGUGUUAAGCCCUCUGACAUUUCCUGUUGCCAUGGGAACGAGUGAUGGCAUUGGUUCUGUGUGUUCUGUACAGUCCGACCCCUAACAGUAAGACCCCUUUUUUUCACUCUCUAUGGCAUUAUCUUCUUUUUAUUGAGGAAAAAGAUGUCAAAUGAUAUAUUGUUUUAAAAAGAAAAAGUAUUUAAAGAUCUAUUUUUCAAAAUUAAAAAAAUGAUACAAAU